CGGACACUAUUUCUUCCUACUCGCAGCUUCUUCAUGACAAAGUCCUCACUUUCUCUGUGAGCUCAGCUGCGGGAAGCGCCAUAGAUGAUAUUUAAGUGUUAGUCCACCAUAUUCUGGAGCUCGCCUGUCGAACACUCUACUAAAUAAAACCAUACCGUUGGAACAACUUGAACUCUCUUGUCCGCAGCGAUGGUGCACCAUCAGAUAUAUGCAGGGAAUGACAUAUUCUUAGCCAUAUUUAUGUCAUACAAUUCCCAGUGGCGUCAUUGCACAGCCUACAAGGGAGAAUUCAAUUUGACAAUUCUACACACCAACGACAUUCACGCUCACUUGGAAGAAAGCAACAAAUAUGGCGGCAAAUGCUUUAACGAAACAAAGGAAAAUUCCACUUGCGUCGGCGGAGUGGCCCGUAUUGUCACAAAAGUGAAAGAAAUAAGGCGAGAAGACCCUAAUGCACUGUUCCUGAACGCCGGAGACUUUUUCCAAGGCACACCUUACUACACGCUCUUCAAACAGGAAGUCAUAUCCGCGGUCAUGUCCAAAAUGGGCUACAACUUUGCAUGUCUUGGAAACCAUGAAUUCGACGAUGGACCAAAGAAUCUUGCUCCUUUCCUGAAAAAAAUGAAUGAAUCUAAUGUUACCAUAGUUGGAACAUAUACGGAUUUUUCGAAGGACGAAGAUCUCCAACAUUACAACCUUCCGAAGCAUGUAAUAACGACAAUUAACAAUAGAACGAUUGGUAUUCUCGGCGCAGUUAUUCCUAGCACGAAAUAUGCUUCAAGUCCAGAUGUGGAAUUUUACGAAGAAAUAGAGAGCUUUAAAAAUGAAACGGCUAAGCUUCGUGAAAAAAAUGUGACUAUAAUUAUUGCAAUCACACACAGUGGCUUUAAGCGCGAAAUCAACAUAGUCAAGAAUGUUUCAGACAUAGACAUACUGGUUGGUGGACACACAAACACGUUCCUCUACACAGGAGAGGGCUAUCCAAAGGAAAAUAAGCCGGCAGAUGUGUACCCAUACGUUGUCAACAGAAGCGACGGCAGCCAGGCGCUUGUUGUGCAAGACUACUGGUUCGGGAAGUUCCUCGGCAGACUGGAUGUCACAUUCAACAGCACCGGCCAUGUAGUGCAGUGGGGGGGCAACCCUAUUCUGCUGGACCGUAAUGUAACGGAAGAUGUGUGCAUAAAGGAGGUGUUAGCACCAUUCAAGGAAAACCUCACAAAACAGAUGAACGUCGUGAUAGGUAGUACUAAAGUCCUCAUGGAGCAUAACCACGACACAUGUAGGAUGCAAGAGUGCAACCUCGGCAACCUGAUUGCGGAUGCAUACUUUGAGUAUUACCUUAACAUGAGCAACACGACGAGUCCUUUCUGGUCGGACUUGAACGGCGCCGUCGUCAACGCUGGCAGCAUCAGAACGGCGCUCCCGAGCUUCUACAACGUGACUUGGGGUGACGUGGUGACUACUCUUCCAUAUGGAAAUUCGCUAUUAACAAUGACGCUUACCGGAACUGACGUGAAGCAAAUGUUCGAGCACGCCGUCACAAACUACACGACGGAGGAAGACAAACAAAAAGGACGUUUUCUUCAGGUAUCAGGCUUCCGGGUGGAGUAUAAUCUGACGAAGGAUAACUAUGAUCGCGUCGUCUCUAUUAGCGUCCUCUGCGCAAACUGCAGCGUGCCAACGUACCAGCCACUGGAUGAUAAUAAGACUUACAAGAUUGUUGCCGUAGAUUUCAUUGCAAGAGGUGGUGAUGGAUUUAAGUUUACCAACUCCGUGACCGUGAGUGACGUAGGGCCAAUCGAGUAUGAAGCGUUGGAGAAAUACGUCGUUAAAAUGUCCCCGCUGUGGACGCCAAAUGAAGGACGUAUUAAAAUCACUUUGAAUUGUACGGAUGAACUAGCAGUACAAAACUACACAAAUUUAAUACGUGAGAACCAGACGUGCACGGAGGGGACUUGUCGUCCAGGCCAAUAA